AUGACCCAGCCGCAGACGACCAUGGAGCUGGAGCAGAGCUGCAGUUUAUCCAAAAAGAGCAUCAUUACCAAAAUGUUUAAAGUUCGCAAAAGGAGAGAGAUGCUGUUCGUGCAGGUGUGCUUCAUCUGCAGCGUCCUGUUCUUGGUGUGGUGUAUGUCGGCGUUGCUCACAAAAACAGCCAUCCACGAGUUCCCUGAGGAUAUAUUCACCAACAGACAGCGUACUCAAGGAGCUGUACUUCUACACAUAUUUGCGGCUCUAUAUAUGUUUCUGGCCCUUGCUAUUGUCUGUGAUGACUACUUUGUGACCUCUCUAGAGAAGAUCUGUGAGAAACUGCACCUGAGUGAAGAUGUAGCAGGAGCAACCUUCAUGGCAGCUGGAAGCUCCGCCCCCGAGCUGUUUGCCUCUAUAAUUGGUGUGUUCAUAACACAUGGAGACGUGGGGGUGGGUACCAUAGUAGGCUCAGCCGUGUUCAACAUCCUGUGCAUCAUCGGCGUGUGUGGGAUAUUUGCAGGGCAGGUUGUUUUUCUCACCAAGUUUGCUGUGUUCAGAGACUCAAUCUACUACAUUUUAUCUGUGGUUGCCCUUAUUGCAUUUAUUUAUGAUGAAAAGAUUUUGUGGUGGGAGAGUCUGAUACUGAUUGUCAUGUAUGUUGGCUACAUUAUCAUCAUGAAGUUUAACACUAGCAUGCAGAACUACUUUUCGGGGAAGGAAGACAAGAGUGUCACCAAUGGUAAUACGGUCAUCAGCGAGAUGGAGGAUGGUAAUACAUGUUAUGAUCAGUUUUGGGAUGAUCCAUCAUGGCCGUUACUCAGACCAGUAAAGCCCAGUAAAGAGUACACUAGGGGCUCUGUUGUGAUGGUGGACGAGAUGAUAAAUUCAAGCCCUCCGCAUUAUCGGUUCCCCGAGGCCGGCCUCAGGGUCAUGAUCACCAACCACUUUGGGCCCAAGACACGUCUGCGCAUGGCAAGUCGACUUAUCAUCAAUGAGCAGCAGCGGAUGGUGAAGAUGGCCAAUGGGGUGGAUGCAGUGUUGGUGGCUGAUAAGAAAGCUGACACCAUAGAAAAUGGCAACGUAGCGGAGGACAAACUCACUGAGGAGCCAGAGAGUGAGCUGUCAUCUCCCUUCGUCUUGCCUGGGGGCACAAAGGAUAAAGUGAAGUUUUUCAUUUCCUGGCCCAUUAUGGUAUUGCUGUUCUUCACGAUACCCAACUGUGCCAAACCACGGUGGGAGCGCUUCUUCAUGCUGUCCUUCUUCCUCUCUACACUGUGGAUCGCCAUCUUCUCCUACGUCAUGGUGUGGAUGGUCACAAUCGCUGGAUACUCACUUGGAAUCCCAGAUGUCAUUAUGGGUAUAACUUUCCUGGCUGCUGGCACCAGUGUUCCCGACUGCAUAGCCAGUCUCAUUGUUGCACGACAAGGCCUGGGGGACAUGGCUGUCUCCAACACGAUUGGCAGUAACGUCUUUGAUAUCCUGGUUGGACUUGGCGUUCCCUGGGGCAUCCAGACAAUGGCUGUCAACUACGGCUCUGUGAUUAAAAUCAACAGUAGAGGACUGAUUUACUCCGUUGUUCUGCUGCUGGGUUCGGUGGCUUUAACUGUGCUGGGGAUCCAUGUGAACAAGUGGAGGUUGGACUUUAAGCUGGGCAUAUACGUGCUUGUUCUGUAUGCCAUCUUCCUCUGCUUUUCCGUCUUGAUCGAAUACAAUGUCUUCACUUUCGUCAACCUGCCCAUGUGCCUAGAAGGUGUCUAGGCUAGAUGAUUUCCAUGGGCUUUGAACCAAAAUACCUCCGGAGGAUAAACCUGCAACCAAAAUCACCAAUUAUUCUGCUGUUUCCUCUCUCUUUAAACUCCCUACUGUUGAAGAAAACCACUGUCUCCCGCUGCACAUUCAAACCACUGUGGCUCAGAUGGAAGAACUGCAUUUCUCAGAAUACCGUUGACUCGCAACUUUCUCCAUCAAUUCCAGGAAAUUAAAUUCUCUUUGGCAGCUCUCUUUAUAACUGGAUAUUCUUCCACUUCUGAACCUUGGACAAUCACAAUGCAGCCCGUAAAUGUCUUGUUCAGAGCAGAAGGA